GACGCGAGCGAGAAAGCAGCCGCUCACCGGGGCUCAGAAUGCGGAUAAAACUGUGAACUCAGCCGCCUCCCGUUCCCUGUGACGCCAACACUGAACGGGAAACAUGAGGAACACUAAACGAGGAAUAUGCCUUCACAGCACAGGGGAGUUAUGGGGUUUGUUCAUUCUCCUCUUGUACAGCAUUCCCCUCUCCUGCUCUUCAAAUUUCAGUCACCUCAUCUAUAAGAUAAAGGAAGGAUUACCAAAAGGGACACUUAUAGGGGCUAUCAGUGUGGACUUAAACCUGGAUCUUUCCGUCAACCCCUCUCGUUCAUUCAGCCUGGAGCAAAUGACUACCAGUGAGCACUACGUGAAUCUGAAUAACACCACUGGGGAGCUGUUCACAUCUGCCAUAGAGAUCGACAGAGAGUCUCUAUGUGCUGAAUCCCACGAGGGCCAGGGCUGUGCAAUCUUUCUGGACGUGCUAAUCCUUCCCCAGCAGUACUUUCAGCUGGUUAAGAUUAAAAUCAUCAUAGAAGAUAUCAACGACAACAGUCCGCAUUUCCCAGUGGAUGAAAUCAGACUGUCUGUGCCAGAAAAUGCACCUGUUAAUGCUAGGUUUGCGGUGGAGCAAUCUGCAGUGGAUCCAGACAUCGGGAUUCACAGCGUUCAGACCUACUGGCUUAAUAAUGACUAUGGCGUUUUCACGUUGGACGUAGAGGAGAACGAAGGAGGAGAAUUGACGCCGUUUCUCAUCAUAACCGAGUCUCUUGAUAGAGAGGCACGGGCUGAGUAUGUGACUGAAAUUAUAGCAGAGGAUGGAGGGUCUCCGCCACGUUUCGGCAAUGCAACUUUGAGGAUUAUCAUCAGUGACGUUAAUGACAAUUGCCCCAAGUUUAGAGAGUCGCAAGUGAAAGUUACUCUGUAUGGAAAUGCCACUAAAGGCAUGCAACUGGCUCGUCUACAAGCUUACGAUCCAGAUGAGGGAGCAAACGCCUUGAUUACAUAUACGUUCAGUGAACGGGUCAGUCAGGAAAGCAAAAGCUUGUUUCAUUUGGAUACAACGACUGGAGUCCUUAAACUAGCAGGAAAAAUCAACAACAACAGUGCGAAGCUAUACAAGCUAAACAUACUAGCCAAUGGGGCGGGGUGUAUUCCUGAUGUUGCGAUGGUUAGCGUGCAUGUCAUCAAACAACUCUCUGGUCCUCCGACGGUUAUACCGCGUUACAUUGCGUUUGAGAAAGAUGGCGUCGUGAGUUUAAGCGAAUCAGAGCCUCCAUUUUCCCCCAUAGCUUUUUUUACCAUUAAAAACACCGAGCCCCAACAGAAGAUGGAGUGUUUUCUGGAAAGCGCAGGUCCGUUUAGGAUUGUGCCUUAUCAGGGUUUAAAAAACGAGUACUUGCUGGAAACCACUGAUCUACUGGAUUAUGAGCUGCAACAGGAUUAUGAAAUAGUCAUUGUGGUGCGUAAUUCUCACGGAUUAGCAGUUAACACUGUGGUGAAAGUCCAUGUGUUGGAUGUCAACGACAACGCUCCGGUUUUCAAGCAAUCCUUCAUUGAAAUUGCAGUUGAGGAAAACAACCCACCGAAUACAUUCCUGGCUCAGCUCCAGGCGAGCGAUGCGGAUAGUGAAAGCAGAGGGCAGGUGUAUUACCAACUCGGAGCUGACGCUCCCACCAUUUUUAACAUCGAUAGCUCCACCGGAGUGCUAACAGUGUCUACUUCUCUUGACCGAGAGGAAAAGGAGACCUACCGCUUCAUGGUUCGAGCUUUAGAUAGGGGAACGCCUAAAAAGGAGUCAAUCGCUACAGUGAUCAUCACCAUCCAGGAUCGCAAUGACAACAGCCCGAGAUUCAUAAACAAAGACUUCACUUUCUUUGUGCCAGAAAACUUUCCAGGAUUUGGCGAAAUCGGCGUGCUUACGGUCACAGAUGCUGACGCUGGGGAAAACGGCUGGGUUGCUCUAUCAAUUCUCAAUGGAAGUGACAUCUUUGUGAUUGACACCGGACGAGGAGCGCUACGAGCCAAAACGCCUUUGGAUCGAGAGCAACAGGGGACGUAUUACGUAUGGAUCGAAGCUAUUGAUGGAGGAGAACCUGCACUUUCUUGUGUCACAAUGGUGACCGUUCUCCUCCUAGACGUCAAUGAUAAUCCUCCAACAGUUCUCUUUCCGCAAUCCAACCAGUCAUUUAUGCUGGUGCUUCCUAGCACAGUUCCAGGAACAUCUAUAACUGAAGUCUACGCCGUGGAUCGGGACACAGGAAUGAAUGCUGUUAUUGCUUACAGCAUUAUUAAGAGAACUGAUGGAGAACCAGGGUCGUUUGAUAUCGAUCCCUACACUGGAAACAUCACCUUGAGGAAAGCCUUGAACAGUCGGGGACUUUAUAGUUUAUGGGUUAAAGUUCGAGAUCACGGUCAACCUGAACUCUGCUCCACUGUAUUGGUUAACUUGUUUGUGAAUGAAACGGUCAGCAAUGAGACACUCAUUCAGAGUUUGUUGCCUAGAGUUGUGGAUCUGGAUCACGGUGAAGCUCCUCCGGUUAAGGAAGGGAGAGAGGGAGAACGAGUGCCAAAUAUGUGCGGCGAGUAUAAGGUCAUACUGCUUGCGUUGACGGCGACUUGCAUGGGACUGUUUUUGACUGUUGUGUCGCUGGUGACGUAUAUUUGCUGCAAGAAAAGAAAGACGAAAAAGAAGAGGCAAGGCACCGAGACUCUAAAACUCAACCAUGAGAUGGUGGAGAAAAACCUACUGGAGAUUUCAAACAUAUGACAGUAAACUGCUCAGCAGGCAAAAUCUGCUUGUACUGCCCAAAUUAUUCACUGCAAAAAUGCUUGACAAUGAGUUUUUGUCUUCUUUCUAGUGCAAAUAUCUAAAGAUUCCUAAAUCAAUGUGCAUUUUACAGACAAGUUUUAAAAAAUGGAUGAGUUUUCAGUGAUUUCAAGUCAAUUAUAAGCAAGUUUUUCCUUAAAGUGAGCUAAAUAAUCUGCCAGUAAAGUAAGCAAAGUAAAUUUAUUUUUAGGUAUUACUUUGAUAUUAAGGUAGCACUUAUAUUUUGAUAUUAGGGCGGUCAUAUCAGUGGUUAGCACUUAGCAAGAAGGUCACUGGUUUGAGUCCUGGCUGGGCUUGUUGUCAUUUCUGUGUGGAGUUUGCAUGUUCUCCCCGUGUUGGCAUAGGUCUCCUCUGGUUUCACCCCACAGUCCAAAUACAUUGCGCUAUAGGGGAAUGAAUGGACUAAAUUGGCCAUAGUGUAUGAGUGUGUGUGUGUGUGUGUGUCAACGAGUCUGCAUGGGUGUUUCCCAGUACUGGGUUGCGGCUGGAAGAGCAUUCGCUGCAUAAAACAUAUGCUGGAAUAGUUGGCGGUUCAUUCAGCUGUGUCUACCUCUGAUAAAUCAGAGACUAACCUAAAGGAAAAUGAUUGAAUGAAUUUUGAUAUUAUUUUUAGAAGCGUAUCUUGCUUACUCCAUUUGCUUUUAAUACAUUUUUUAUUUAAUUCUAAUUUAGCUUGCUUUAAGGAAAAACUCAACUUGCUUUUCUAGAAAAAAUUAAACAAAAAUAUUUACUUGUCUAUAUGAUGCUUCUGGAUUUAAGAGUUUUUAGAUAUCUGGACUAAAAACAAGACAAAAACCCAAAGGAAAGCCUUUUAUGCAGUGUUCUGUUUACAAUGUGUUUUGUGCAUCUUCAUAUCGCUGAAGUAUAAAAUGAUUUUAAGAUAUUAUGUAUAUAUUGUGAAUAUGUUUUAUAACUAUGAUGAAAUCCUCAAAUAUAUAUAUAUAUACACACACAUGAUCGCUGCAAGAUUUUGCUAUUUGCAUUUGCUGCCCAACAUGCUUUUAAUGUAAAUGAUCUGACAAUGUGCCCUCAGCAGUGUGUUGUGUCAAAUUGUCCUCUUUUAUAUGCCUGUUUUUGAAUCCCAAUGCAGUCAUCUAAGGCAGUGUUUCCCAACCCUGUUCCUGAAGGCACACCAACAGUCCACAUUUUCAACCUCUCCCUCAUCAAACACACCUGAAUCAACUCAGCAGAACAUUAGAAAAGACCCCAAAACCGGACACGAAAUGGGUCAGAUAAGGGAGACAUACCAAAUAUGUACUGUUGGUGUGCCUCCAGGAACAGGGUUGGGAAACACUGGUCUAAGGAACAUCUAUCUUCCCAGUGGAAAGCUGUUCCUGUGCUCCACCUGUUUGUCAAACACUGCAAAAAAAUGGCUUUUCGUAUCUAGUUCCUAGUCUAAAUGUUGAAGAAUUCUUAAAUCAAGAAGCAUUUUCUAGACAAGUAAACAUUUUUGUUUAAUUUACAGAAAAAAACAAGUCAAAAUUAAGUAAGUUUUUUUCCAUAAAACAAGCUAAAGGAUCGACAAGUGGAGUAAGAAAAAUAAAAGUUUAUAUUGUUUUCCCUACAGGCAGAUUAUUUAGCUUGUUUUAAGGAAAAACCUGCUUAAAA